AUGCUCGAGACAAGUCUCGAUGACAACAAGGAAAUUAAGAGAUUGAUUACAUCAACUGGAUAUAAACAGAGCUCUAUGAUGUCUGGCUCAGGUACUGCAUCAUCAACGCCCCCCUCGACAGGUCCUUUCUCCGCUGGCGAGAGUGGCGGAUCCAGAACUGUUGAAGAUAAUGAAGGGCUGGGCGCUGGACGCCACACGGAUUUUAGGGUCGCAGACGAGGGAGACACCCAUAAUGGACAAUAUCCAGGGGGUGAACAUCGCCGCGGAAGCACACAAGAUAUGGAGGACGUACCAGAAGUCUCCCGGCAAACGAGCCACCCCGACGUGGCACCAUCAAGGGCAGGACCCAUGAUUGAUCUCACUAGACCGAUGCCUUCGCACCCAGCAAGACAUCGCAAGCGACGGAUGGUAAGUCUUGGAGAAAAUCCUCGUCUGCAACGUACUCGGUCCGGAGAAGCACCCUCUCGCGAAGCCAUUACUCGAGAGGCAUUUCCUCACCGAUCGAUAUCCAUGAUCGUCCCAUCGUCAGGAGCUGGCUCUUCCACUGUGGGGUCGUCAUACGCAACGGCAAUCGAUAUAACAUCUUCUCCCCCUGAUCAAGGCCGCAGGAAUUCAGUCUCUCGCGAGGAACAGGGCCAUCCACACCAUCCAGCUGAAGGGACUCCUCGUCUCGGUGCGGGGAACGCGGGCUCACCGGCGUCUUCAAGACGGGCAUCAAGACAGUCUGUCUUGACAAACCAUGAUAUGUCUGAUUUCUUCGGACAAGGUCAUGAGUUAUCGGCAGGGCAAGGUGGCACCAGCCAGUACGAUGAGAACCCUGAAGCGGAAACAGACUUACCCAGAUGGCAGCCUGAUUCAGAAGUCUCGGAAUGCCCGAUAUGCGGCACAGUAUUCAAGCUCUGGUAUCGAAAACAUCAUUGCCGGAAGUGCGGCCGCGUCGUUUGUGCUGCUUGCUCCCCUCACCGAAUUACCAUCCCCAGGCAGUACAUUGUGCGUCCGCCUGACUCUUCUUCACUUCCCACAUCUCCGCCAAUACCUCUACCCCGCCAAAUCGUUGAUCUCACUGGAGAAGAACCUGUGUCUUCAUCACUUAUAAAUCCUGCUCUGGGAGGUGGUGAAGAAGUACGACUUUGCAAUCCCUGCGUCCCCGACCCAAAUCCUCACCCCCUAAACUACGCGCCUGUACGGCCUCACGGUCACCGGUCGACCCAGUCACUCUCUUCUACCAUGCUUCCGCUCUCUGCUCGUCAGUCUGCUAUACGUCCAGACGACACUCGUCAGGAACGACGCCCGUUUGAAUCGUACCGCCGCCUAUCGCUGCGUCAGGAAGCUGUUCACGAUAGCCGCCACCCCUACCCUUACAAUCAAGGUCGAGCUUAUGAGGACGAAACUCGCCGUGGCAGUCGUCGAUUCACCGGCCCCCCUGCAUUACAUUCUUCUGGUGCCGCUUGGCCUGCACCAGCACAAAGCACCUCCACCAGGAGAGCCCCUCCUCCUGUAAGCGAGCGCGACCUAUGCCCGAUAUGUGGUGCCCUCUUCCCUCCUCUUAGCGCCGACGCACCCGAUGCCUCUCGAGAGGCUCAUAUUGUGCACUGUAUCGAAAGCCGUGUCUCGCCCGCCCCACAGGACUCCUCGACAUUGAGCCCCUCGUUGUUGAGUCCGUCUCCUGCCUCCGCAGUCGCUCGUAUGGUCACAUUUAUGGCUACGGAAAAGGACUGUCUUAGCGGACUCAGCGAAGCGGCAGAGUGCUCGAUCUGUAUGGAGGAUUAUGAAGUUGGCCAGGAUCUUGUCCGUCUUGAGUGCCUGUGCAAAUUCCACAGGGGAUGUAUUGUCGACUGGUUCAAGCGAAAGCCGGAGUGCCCGUUGCAUAAGGUGUCCUCAUAA